UCUUAUGACAAAAAAAUGGACAAAAUCUUUGGAUUUGGUGUAUCUACAGUGCUUCUCCCAUACUUUGGAACUCUCGAAGCAUCUGCAUAUCUUAUGUCUUCUUGCUGUAGAAACUCUAGAAGGACAUGGUUUGAAAACCUUAAAGUAUUCACAGAAUAUCUUAUUCCCAGCUAUCGCCUGCAGGACAAAAUUGGAAAAGAUGGCUUCUUUGAUUCAAUCUCAGACAAAGAUUUUGAAUGGCUUAUAUCUCUCCCAAUAACAUACUUCAAGUUCAAUAUCAAGAUCCAAAAGCGGGAGGGUUCAACCUCUUUAUCAUGAUAUAGAAAUUUCUAUGAUUAUUUACAAGAGCUCAGUAACAAAAUGGCUAGUGCUCCAGAGGAGAUGAAGAUGCUCUAUAGGAUCAAUAACCACUGUAGAAUUUUCAUCAAUGCAAAUGAUGACCUCAAGUCUUACAUUUCGAUCUACGAUUGCUUUCAAGAGAUGGGAACCGACGACAGGAUCCUUGAUGUCAAAUUUACUCUUUGUGAGUAUGAUUUCGAUGAGUCCAUGUAUUGUCCCUACUUUGAAUGCUCUCAAGUCAUAAUGAAGACUAUUGAGGAUGAGUAUUACACUGACAGAUAUUUUGCAGAGUAUUGCCCUGUAAGUUCUGAUAUGCCAUUUUUCAGAAAAGUUAAUAGAUUCAAAUGAGAAGUAAACAGACCAACUUCCCUGCUAUAUUUCUUGCAAAAUUGUAAAACAUUAAUUGAUACCUUGAUUGUUGACUAUACAACUCUUGUGACAGUGAUCAAUUACAAUAAAGAUAGUAACGAACUUAUUGGAGAAAGUAUUUUCUCAGAAUCCCUCAGAAAAUAUCUGAACAAUAUCAAGCUAAUAAAUGUAAAGCCUCAGGAAAGGGAGAAAUUAAAGAUUCUGAUGGACUAUAUACUGGAGAAUUUAUCAUUAAAGGGAAUAUUCAUAUCUUUAAUGAGCCAUACACAGGAUAUUGUGCCAGACUACUGUUCUAGUAUUCCUAAUUACUUGUUCUCAAAGUAUUACGGAUUACAAGAAAUUUACCUUGCAGUAGACGACACAUAUCAUUUCCCAACAACUUUUAAAUGAUUUGGAAGAAAUGUCCUCUUCCAGAUAAUUCACAAGGAUGAGUUUGGAGUUUCCACCCAUACUCUCUUUUGUGAAAAGGUUUCUAUCAAAGAAACUGAGGUCAAAGAACUAGAUAGUAAUGUCUGAUAUUUAACAGCUAAAAAAUUUAAUCUUCAAGGGAUCAGAUACAUCCAUGAAGAUGAGCUUGGAGACCUUGAAAAUUUGAGGUACAAGAAGAACAUUAUUGAAAAGGAACUAGACUUUAAGGGACAACACCAGCAUCUUAAGGGCUUACAUACCCUUGGUAGCGGAAGAUUUAACUUCAAGAUGUUCACUGAUGAUGCAAUGAGAUGCUGACAAACCAGGCAUAGUUUUCAAUAAAUUCAAAAGUGG